AAAAAAAAAAAAAAAAAAAAACCCCGAUACCUUUUUAAGUUUUCAGUAGAUUUUCGUCUUGACUCUCGUUCUCUGGAUCGAGCGAGUCUCCGUCGGAUCCUGGAGAUUUCUAAUAAGAAUGAUUCAUUUUGUACUUCUGAUUAGUAGACAAGGAAAAGUGAGACUGACAAAAUGGUACUCUCCACAUACACAGAAGGAAAGGUCCAAGAUUAUCCGAGAGCUUAGUGGAGUUAUUCUAACAAGAGGCCCAAAACUCUGCAAUUUUGUUGAGUGGAGAGGUUACAAAGUUGUGUACAGAAGGUAUGCCAGCCUUUACUUCUGCAUGUGCAUUGAUGCGGACGACAAUGAACUGGAGGUCCUGGAAAUUAUUCAUCAUUUUGUUGAGAUAUUGGACCGUUACUUUGGCAGUGUGUGUGAGCUGGAUUUGAUCUUUAACUUUCACAAGGCAUACUAUAUAUUGGAUGAGGUUCUUAUCGCGGGUGAACUUCAGGAGUCAAGCAAGAAAACUGUUGCACGGCUUAUAGCUGCGCAGGAUUCACUGGUAGAGACCGCCAAAGAGCAGGCUAGCUCCAUAAGCAAUAUGAUUGCGCAGGCUACAAAGUAGAGAGUUCCAUGAUUUUGCAAUGGUCUGCAUUAGCCCUUACUGUUUUCAACUUUCGUGUGUGGCGAUGUUAUGAAUAUAAGCGAGGCAAUUGGUUGUAUAUGAUCUCAUGAGGUGUAUAGUAUGUUCACUGUGUUUCCCAUACUGCAGCUUGCUCGAAAACAAUGUAUGUUCAUUCUCGGUUUGUUCAGAUUGAUGAAAAUUGUUGUCGUGUAUUUUCAAGUCGCA